AUGCCGCCCCCUGUGAACCCUCGUUCCGCCCUCUAUCCCUCCCGGAAGGCGGAGCGCGGGGACACGGGGCGGGUCCGGUGCCGCCGGGCUCCUGUGCGGAGCGGCGACACGUGCGCGGAGCGGCGGCGACGCGGAUCGGUGAGCGUAGCGGGGCAGGACGGGACGGCCGGGACGGCGCCGCGGCGGCAGGGGCGGGGGGGGGCGGGGCGGGAGGCGCUCGGGGACCGCGGAGGGGACCGGAUGGGGCGUCCGGGGGGCGCGGGGGAAGGCGAGAGGUCGGGUCCGUUGCCGUGGCCACGGGAUGCAGCGCGCCGGAGCGGAACGCUCUGGCGCCCACCCCGCCCGCUCGACCGACCCCUCCGUUCCCCGCAGCCGCCGGGCAGCGCCAUCGCCAUCGAGGAGCAGCGGAAGGACGGCAAGGAUGGGCGAAAGCUGCACCAGGAGGUGGCCACGCCGUUCCAGGCGCCGCUGCAGCAGAAGAAGACGGAGAUGGAACCGACGAAGCACAGCGCCUCCGAGCAGCUGAACCGUCUGCAGGGCAGCGAACAUGUCCCAGGGAUGCAAAGCGACGGGAUCCCCGCGCCAAAGAAGGUGCUUUUCCCCGUGGAGCGCCUCUCCCUGAAGUGGCAGCGGACCCACCCGAUCGGCGCCGGGCUGCAAAACUUGGGGAACACGUGCUUCCUCAACUCCACCGUGCAGUGCCUCACCUACACGCCUCCGCUCGCCAACUACCUGCUGUCCAGGGAGCACAGCCGGACCUGCCAGCGAGGGGAGUUUUGCAUGCUGUGCACUAUGGAGAAGCACGUACUGCAGGUUUUCAGUAGCAGCGGCAGCGCAAUACAGCCCACGGCCUUCGUCAGAAACAUCAAGAAGAUUGCCACGCACAUCCGCUUAGGCCGCCAGGAGGAUGCACACGAGUUCCUCAGUUUCACCAUCAAUGCCAUGCAGAGAGCCUGCCUGGAUGGCUGCACCCAGUUGGAUCAGCAGAGCCAGACCACAACGCUGGUUCACCAGAUCUUUGGUGGCUUCCUGCGGUCACGUGUGAUGUGCAGAGUGUGCAAUUGGCCCUCGGACACGUAUGAACCCUUCCUGGACCUGGCGGUGGAGAUCGAGGAAGCUGAAAGCAUCGAGCAGGCACUGAAGUUGUUUGUGAGGCCAGAGAUGCUGUGUGAGGAGAACGCCUACAUGUGUAACAAGUGCCAGACCAAAGUGCAAGCCAUCAAACGCUUCAGCAUCCACCGAGCCUCCAGUGUUCUCAUAGUCUCGCUGAAGCGCUUUUCCAUCUUCAGCGGAGACAAAAUCAAGAAGGACGUGACAUACCCUGAGGUCUUGGACAUCCGACCUUACUUGUCAGAGGCCAAAGGGGACCCUAUGAAUUAUGAGCUCUACGCCGUGCUGGUGCACUCUGGGUACUCCUGCCACUCAGGGCACUACUACUGCUAUGUGAAGGCCAGCGAUGGGCAGUGGUACCAAAUGAAUGAUGCCACUGUCGGCCUCACCACCAUCAAGGUGGUCCUGAACCAGCAGGCCUAUGUGCUUUUCUACCUGAGGUGA